GUUUAGAUUCUUUUUAAAACACCUACCCUUCAGACUUUCUUAUAUUAUAACCGUUUCUUUGAGGCCAUUUAUCACUCAAUAUAUAAGACUACCAUAUUUUGGGAGUAUACCACUUAAGCAUUAAAUUCAAAUUUCCGGAAUCGAACGUGCACACAGAAAAGCUGUCAGACAGAGUGCAAUCAUUUUCGUGGUCUGCAGUCACCUAAGAGAAUCCGAAUACUUGACAAACCUUGCAAGUCCAAGUCCAUCCGAGUUCAAGAUAUGCAGGCUUUACGAACGCUGAUUCAAUUCCUCGCAACGCGACAUGGCCAGAUUAUGAGCCACAUACGGCGAUCCAGUGGGAGCAGCAGCUUUCCCGAGUUGGCCUUCUUCGACGACCUCGACGACAUCGAGCCGGAGGAUGAGCAGGGAGGGAUGGAUCCUCAGUAUCCCAUCCUUCACAGCCGCCAUACUGAUCUAUUCUACAUGCCGCACUGUGUGGGUCCGGCGUAUCAGGGUCUUAUCUCUCCAGUGGAUCAGCCGUAUGCCACCGCCGACUAUCCGGCCGAUGAACAGACUUUGGUCAAGGGAAGCGAUGCCAUUCUCGGGUCUGUGGUCGCACCUUCCGAAAUGUGUGUGGUGGCUUGCCCCAAGUUGCUGGCGACCUACAUGCGUCGCCUGUUCCACCAUCCGUAUGCCCGUUUUGGCAGCUCGAUGAACUUCAGCAUGAUUGGACUGCGUUUCAAAGACACACAUGCUGACGAGGCCCUACGCUCAUUUGUAAUCUUCGCCAGCCACAAUUCGCGUGAGAUCAUGAACAAUGGCUAUUGGGCGGACUUUAUCAAUCCACUGACUGGGCGCGCCCACUUCCGCGCCGCCCACUCCAGCCGGAAGCAGUGCUUGGAGGCCCAGCUCCUUGGGCGUGGCUUAAACCUAUCCUUUGCCAAUGGCUGCACCAUCAUUGAGGAGGAGCAGAGUGACCAAUUAACCGGAUUCAUUUUCACAGACACACCCUGCAAGGUCCUCGAGGCUUGGUGUUCUUAGAAGAUCACGAAAUCACUGCACUGCUGCUCAUUUCAAUGUCCCUGAUUGUGUACACAUUAAAGUCCAGUUGCGAAACCGUAUCCCCUACCAUACUCAAGAGGGAUAUUUUAAGAAAUUUUACGUAA